ACCCUCCAAGGCAUUGAAAAAAUGGCUUCUGGCAUCAGAGCAACCAUUUUUGCUGCCUGCCUUGCCUUUUUUAUCAUGGCUGCCGCAGCUGCAAACGCACCCGCUCCAUCCCCGAUUCCCGUGCCAACCCCAGGUAAGAGCAAUGGGAGCAUGACCUUCCCAUCCAUGGCAAUUGGGUUUUUGGCUUUUGUUGUUUCCAUCAUUCUUACAGGAGAUAGAGUCUAAUUCUAUGUUUACCGGUUAGGACUGCCAUGGUUCCUUCAGAUUUUCCUAUGUUAAUUUGGGUUUUUUUUUAUUAUUGUCACUUGGUUUCUGUACUUCUCAUCGGAUUCAGUUCUCCCUUAUUUGGGUUGACUCCCUAUGUAUGCUAGCUUCUUCUAUCUUG